AUGGCUAUCGAUCAUAAGAACAAAGAGGGCCACCUCGGCGAGUUGGGACAAGUCUCAACUGAGUCGCAGGUUGGAGUCAUCAUGGAUGAUCCGAACUGUGCGUACGACGCUGUGUUCGGUGAAAUCGGUGAAGGCGGUCCCAAUUAUCGCAAUGUCGGGUGGCUUGGAACUGCUGCUCUCAUGAUGAAGACCCAGAUCGGACUGGGAGUCUUGUCCAUUCCCAAAACUUUCCAUUCGCUGGGCAUUGUGCCGGGUGUGAUUGCGUUAAUCCUCAUCGCCGGUAUCACCACGUGGUCUGACUACAUUGUCGGCGUUUUCAAGCUGAACCAUCCCUCGGUUUACAGCAUUGACGACGUCGGUGGCCUGCUAUUUGGUGCCAUCGGCCGUGAGUUCUUCGCCGUGGUAUUUUGUCUCUACUGGAUCUUUGUUGCCGGAUCUGGCAUGCUCGGUGUCUCCAUUGCGCUCAACUCCGUCUCCACUCACGGAGCAUGCACUGCGAUUUUUGUUGCACUGGCAGCCUUCGUUGGCUUCUGCUUUGGUAGCAUCCAGACGCUCGGCAAAAUUACUUGGUUUGCCUGGAUUGGUCUUGUGGCCAUUCUCAGCUCAAUCUUCACUCUGACUGUUGCCGUUGGCGUCCAAGACCGACCGGCCGCUGCCCCUCAGGAAGGUGUCUGGGUAUCAGACUAUGUGAUUGUUGGAAACCCGAGCUUUUCUGAGGCUGUUUCCGCCCUGUCGACUCUCGUUUUCGCCUUCGCUGGUACCCCGGCAUUUUUCUCCAUCGUAUCCGAGAUGCGUGAGCCGCGUCACUACCCUCGUGCGCUCUUCAUCUGCCAGGGUGUCGUUACCGGUACAUAUAUCUGCAUUGGAGUCGUCGUCUACUACUUCUGUGGCUCCUACGUCGCCUCUCCCGCUUUGGGAUCCGCUGGAGUACUCAUGAAGAAGGUCUGCUACGGCCUCGCCCUGCCUGGUCUUAUUGUCACGACUACGAUCGUCAUCCACUUGCCGGCCAAGUACAUGUUCAUCCGCAUGCUCCGAGGCUCCAAGCAUCUUACCGCCAACACCGCCAAGCACUGGAUCACCUGGCUGGGCUGCACUUUUGGCGUUGCCCUUAUUGCGUACCUCAUUGCUAGUUCUAUUCCUGUUUUCGAUGGCUUGGUGUCUCUUGUCGGUGCUCUAUUCGGAACCCUUCUCUCGCUCCAGCCAAUGGGUUGUAUGUGGCUCUACGACAACUGGAGCGCUGGCAAGCUUGAGAAGAACCCGCGGUGGAUUGCUAUGGUUUGCUUCAGUGUAUUUGUGAUCGUUGCUGGUUGUUUCCUGAUGAUUGCUGGUGCUUAUGGCUCUGUUGUUGGCAUCAUGGCGACCUACAAGAAGUCGGGAGGGUCCAGCGCAUUUUCCUGCGCGGACAACUCAAACUCCGUGGCACAUUAG